AUGAGCGAAAUUAACUAGUAAUAGAAGCUUAUUUCUGAAUUCAAUAAUUGUAUAGCUAUCAUGAAAUAGAAUCUUAAUUAGACAAAUUAUAAGCUUCAGUCUGCAUAAAUCACUAAAUCAUAGCAAAGGGGAGUAGAAUUGUUAGAAUAAAUUCAAAAUAGAUUCAGGACUAUAAAAUUUCCUAUUCAGGAUAGAUCAAAAGCAGAAAAGCUCAAAAAGGAUUUUGAAGGAUCUGCGAUAGACUUUUAGAAACAGUGUCAAGUCUUUUUAGAUUUCAAAAAGUUAGAAUAUGAUUAACGAAGAGAAACAAUUUAAAAUUCAUUAAAUCAAUCAAGCAUAAAUCCUUCUGUUAAUGGCAAUUUAGAGAGUUACUAUGAAGAAAAUACUAUUGAUGAUAUUGAAAAAAAUAAUAAAUAAACCUCUAACUAAAACUUAGAAAUGCAAUAAAGACAAAAGUAACCAACUUAAGAAGAAGUACACCCUGAUUUAGAAUUUCAAUAUAAAAUGAUGAAAGAAAAAAAUGAAGGAAUAAAGUAGGUAUAAAAAGAUAUUAUACAAGUAGAUUAAAUCAUGAAAGACAUAAAAUAAUUGGUUGUCGAACAAGGUGAUUAGAUAUGCGAAAUAGGUGAGAAUGUGUAAGCAACGAAGUAAAAUGUGAUUAAAGCUAAUAAAGAACUCACUGAGGCUAAAGCUUUAAAUGAAGUAAACAAAAAAAGAAAAUGCUUACUAUUAUUAUUAUUAGUAGUUAUAAUAGCAAUAAUAGUUAUUCCUAUUGCUGUCCUUAGUUGA